UUACUGAAGCGAACUCAGUAAAUCAUAAGAACGACUGAGCUGUACAGAUCCGUCUCCACGACAACCGCGCAAACACACACCACCCCCCCCCCCCGAUGAUGAAGACCAUGUGAUAACGGUGGAAAGCUCCGGAGCCCUUUAGAAUUUGACGCGUUUCUUGACCUCAGGAAGUUUCAAGUCUUUUAAUUGUCACAUGAGUUUGCUUGUAUCUCCAGACCGUCAACAGUAAACAAACAAACAAUCAUCCAGCUGACACAACAAACAGCGCCGGCUCCUCCGGAGAUACAAGCUGAUCACAUUCUGCCGGUUUGAGACACUUUUGAUAAGUUUCCCUGAUUUAAAAACUCUGAUAAUCCAUAGUGAUGAUUAUUCAUGAGGCAGGCUGUGUGUGUGUGUGUGUGUGUGUGUGUGUGUGUGUGUGUGUGUGGGCUGCAGAUUAGAUGCAGGGCUGCAGCCUGUAGUCCCUCCUCCCCUGCAGCUCAGCUCUAUAUAUACUCAGAGAGAUCUGGAGAGAGAGGAGCUGCACCGGUUUCACUCCAGCGACCAGUCAGAGAGUCAGAGAGUGUCGAGCAGAGAGACACACAGUGACACAGUCAGAGAGAAGCAGACACACACACACACACACACACACACACACACACAGGUAAACUUCUCCUCUGAUGAUGGAGGAUUUCACUCUUCCCUUCUGGAUUUACCUCUGCAUUCUCACCAUGUUGGUCGGUGGGCUCAUGAAGAAGAUUUUGGCGUCCCACCUGAGCGCCGCCCCCACCCUGGUGGCGUGGUUGGGGGCCACCGUGCUGGUGGAGCGUCUGUGGGCGUUCUGCCUGCCGGCAGCGCUGCUGCUGGCGCUGCUCGGCCUCGCCUGCUGCCUCUACUCCGCUGCCAAGACCGGCGCGCUGCCCGCCGCCCUGCCCGCCCAGGACAAAGCCGUCCUCAUCACAGGCUGUGACUCCGGCUUCGGGAAGGCGACGGCGAAGCGUCUGGAUGCUCUGGGCUUUGAGGUGUUCGCCACGGUGCUGGACCUGACAGGAGACGGAGCCCGCGAGCUGCAGAGGACCUGUUCAGCUCGUCUCACCCUCCUGCAGGUGGACAUCACCCAGCCACAGCAGGUCCAACAGGCCCUGCUGGACAUCACGGCGAGGGUGGGCCUCAGAGGUCUGUGGGGUUUAGUGAACAACGCCGGAGUGUGUGUGAACUUCGGAGACGCCGAGCUGUCGCUGAUGUCCAACUUCCGUGGCUGCAUGGAGGUCAACUUCUUUGGCACACUGAACGUCACCAAGAGCUUCCUGCCGCUGCUUCGACAGGCCAAAGGACGCAUCGUCACCAUCUCCAGCCCUGCUGGUGACCAGCCGUUUCCCUGCCUGGCAGCGUACGGAGCAUCUAAAGCAGCUCUCAACCUCUUCAUCAACACACUGCGACACGAGCUGGAGCCCUGGGGCAUCCGAGUCUCCACCAUCCUGCCCUCCUCCUAUAAGACAGGUCAGUCCAGUAACCAUGGCUACUGGGAGCAGCAGCACAAGCAGCUGCUGCAGAGUCUGCCCCCGGCGCUGCUAGAGGAUUACGGCGAGGACUACGUGGCCGAAACCAAGGAGCUGUUCCAGAGUUACGCCCUUCAGGCCAACCCCGACCUCAGCCCCGUCGUCAACACCAUCGUCCAAGCGCUGCUGUCGCCGCAGCCGCAGGUGCGUUACUUUGCGGGGCCCGGCGUCGGCCUCAUGUACUUCAUCCACACCUACUGCCCCUUCAGCAUCAGCAACCGCUUCCUCCAGAAACUGUUCGUGAAGAAGAAGCUGAUGCCGCGUGCUCUGAGGAAGCAGUCGGGCUUUGAGCUCAGCCUCCACAACAACAACAACAACAACAACAACAACAACAACAAGGAGGAGGAGAAGCUGCUGCAGUUGUGAGACAGUAGGGUGUCAUCCAGCGGCGAUAGAGGACCACAUCUGUAAUGCACUCAUAGAGCUCUAAUCUGUCCUUUUGUAUGUGCUGUUUUUAACUGUUGAAGGGAUCAUGGAGACGCACCAAAAUGGUUUUCUGUUUUGUUUCUGUUUUGUCCGGCCCGGCCACGCCCCCCUGCAGACGGACAAGACACACCCAAAGGUCAGGGGGCGGGGUUUGGUAGAGGGAGCGGUGCAGCCACAGGUCAAUCAUCAGCAAACACUUCACUUCCAUCAGCGAGAUCAGCUGUACUGUACACACACCGAGUCACACAUGUGCCUUCAUCACAAACCCAAAAAACCAACAGAGGAGAAGCAACAAGGUCAAAGGUCAGCAGAGCGACACGGACGCUGCAGCAGCUCAAUUUAAAAAUGUUAAAGUUUAACACAUAUAAAAACCGACGGGAUGAAUCAGGAUUAACUCAUCACAUCAGACUCUGGAAACUAAAGAUGAGGUCUGUCUUUGCUUUGGACAGUUUAUAAUUGGUUUGAUUAAUCAAUCAAAUGACUGAUAGAUUACCUGAUCAGGAUGAUCAUUUUUAGCUGUUAUCCAGACAUGCAGAUGGGUUUUGAAUCUUUAUUUUGAUACCUGGACCAAUGAAUUGUUGUGUUGUCAUUGGAGCUAACUCCACCCGUGUGGCCCACCGGGAGCCUCGAAUGGAGCGCACCCAGUGAAACGAGCUGCUGUAGUGAAACCCUGCAGACGCAUCACGUCUCCGUCCACCAGAGCACAUAUUUCACGCGUCGAAAAACAACAUAUUUAAAGAUGUACAUCUGUGAGCUCUGGAUUCUGUGAACUUUUUUAACUCUUUGUUUUCUGCAUCAGAGCGACGGAAACCAACGAGAAUCAUUUCAGAAAGUUCUUCUCAGUUUUAAUCUCACGAAACCUUCUUCGUGCAGCUCUGCGACAUCUGAGUUUGUUUAUUCAUGAAUGAAAAACACAUUUGAAGAAAAGAUUCUUUCAUGAUUUCGUUUCGUUUAUGAUCCAUAAAAUAAUUUCUCUGCUUUUCCAUCUCAUUUAAAUUUAACUGUUGUUUUUCUUGUAAAUAUCUCCAGUAGUUGGUCAAGAUUAUACAGAAGCGUCAUGCAUUCACUUAAGAAAAAUAAUUCUGCUCUGUUUUUCUGAAUUAAUGAGACACAUCAGUCCUGACUGCGGUAACGUAGCGUCAUUACGGGAAGGACGGCGAAAGUCCUGAAAGAUACAUACACACGUUUUCUGUAAUGUUCUUUCUGUGUUCUUUUAUGAACAUAAAGCAUUUUACUUUUUCUCAUGUUUGACCUGUUGUAAGUUUUAUUUUAGGUUAUCAGAUGAAUCCUACAGACUGCUGGUCCAGAUGUUGAGCGUAACGGUAUUAAAGUCGAGUCGUCCCACCUGAAGACGCGAGUGUCUCCCAACAUUUCAAACCAAAACCAGAAUAACACCGGAUUAAACUAAACAGGCGGGACGUGUUUGCUUCUCUUUGGAUGUUGAAGUCUUGUUAAUUCAGAAAAACAGAGCAGAAUCUUUUUUUCACAUUACGCUUCUGUAAGAUUACACGUUUAAAACACCAGAUCAUUUUCAUUCAUAUUACUACUUCAAAUUUGAGCCGUUGUGUUUCAGUUUACUGCAAACGAGAUAAUGUGAAAGUAAUUUAUCCACCAACACGUUUAUUUUCUGCUUUCAGGACAAAAAACUCUGACAGAAAAUCAGAUAAUGAGGUUAUAUUUUAGUUAUAUUUUAGUUCAGACAGUGAUGCACAGGAACAUUUCUCUAAUUGUUUCUGCGUCUGGAUGAAAAUGAAAAACUCUGUCAGUCUGCUGCAGAAACACUCACAGGCCGCUCUGAUGGUUUCUCUUAUAAACACUGAGUUUAUCUUCAUAUUCAGGAUCUUUGAAUGUUUCUUCAUCUUGUGCUGCGUGUUUUUAAAAACCUUCAGUAACACUUUCUAUGACGCCCAUGUCUAUAAUACGUUAUAUUCACUGUUAUAAUGUGUUAUAAUACCUGUUAUAAUACAUUAUAUUCACUGUUAUAA